CCGCAAUAAUCCCACACAGACUGUGGAUCUCUCUUCAUAAUGGGUCUCUCAACGACCCUUUUUUCAGUUUUCGUUGUUGUCGGAUUUUGUGUGCUUCAGAUAGACUGGGCUUCCGGUUUUGUUUGCUAUCAGUGUUCGGACACGGGAGGUAACUCGGAUUGCCGUGAUUACAAAGCUCUGGUCAAGGCGGCGCUCACAAAUGGCAGCCUUAUACGGAACUGCACCAAUGACCUAUACUGCAUGACCGAGAAAUACGUCAAACAAGGCGUCGAUUACAGCUUCAUACGAGGAUGUUCCAACAAUACUGCGGACGAUUUCUCUUUUGGAAAGACAGGGCGCUUGAAAAUGUUGAAACCAGACAAUGUUACCAUUUGUACAUUUGACGUUAAGAGUAUGGGGCAAGAGUGCGUCUCCUUGUGUAACUCCAACUUCUGUAACGGACCCAUAGCAGGAGCAGAACGUUCAUUACUGUCUGGAAAAACUGUGUUUGUUGCCAUGUUAACAUGGUUCAUAUUUCUGCAUGUUUUGCAGUGACUUCCAUUUUGUGUCUCACUGUUAUGUUUGUAAACAAUAUAACUAAAGCCACAUCAACAAUUGAA